AUGCAAUCGUUUUUGCAUUUCCAGGGACAUGAUCUCUCAGCUGCGAUAUCUGUUCUUGUUGCACGAAUGGAUAAAUUGAAAGUGGCAAACUGGUCAAGGACCAGUAGAUUGAAGCGUACAAUAAAUGUAGGAAAAGUUGCACAUAAUAAGGCAGGACAGUGGGAGUUGACUGCUGGAAGAAUGCUUUUGGAUUCGAGGUUAUCAGCUAUGGAACUUGUAAGGUCUCGUAGCUAUGAUCUUACCGAACUUGUCAGUCAACUUCUAGGCGUAAAUAGGGAAAAUAUCUAUGCGAAUGAAAUUGCGGCGAAGUUCAGUUCUUCUGCUCAGCUUCUUAACCUUAUCCAAUGGAGCUGGAUGGAUCCUUGGUUAUGCCUACGAGUUGUGGCGCAGAUCAAUGCGCUGCAGCUUGCUGUACAGAUUACUAACAUUGUUGGAGGAGUAACGUCCCGAACUUUGAUGGGAGGACGAGCAGAGCGUAAUGAAUUUCUGCUUCUGCAUGCGUUCAAUAAAGCGAACUAUAUAGCACCGAACAAGUACCAGCCGACGUUCAGAAAAGGAAACCAAGAAAAAGUGAAGAAUGACGACGAUGAAAAUGCCGAGGAGAACGACGUUGAAGUGAGGUCUAAGAACAAGGCACAAUACUCUGGUGGUUUGGUUUUGGAACCGAAAAGAGGACUUUAUGAUACGCUUAUUUUACUGCUUGACUUCAACUCUCUGUAUCCCAGCAUCAUUCAAGAGUACAAUAUCUGCUUCACGACCGUUUUUCACUCGAAGGUGAGCCUAUUCCAACUUGAGUGCCGAUUGCUCUUGUACUUUUUCAUAUCCUUCUCUUUUUCUAUGAUGUUUGAUCCGAAAAAUAUGGCUUACGCCAGUUUUCUCCUCUUUAUAGGACGGUUUCAUCAUUUUUGCCACAUAGUACCCGCUUACACUGCUUACUGUUUAGCCGCAAAUAAAUUUGAUGGCGAUGACCUUCCAGACAUCCCAUCAUCAAGCCUUUCGGAGGGUAUCCUACCAUGUGAGAUUCGCGGACUUGUAGAGAGGCGCAGGCAAGUCAAGAAGUUGAUGAAAGAAGCGCCUGAAUCCAAGAAAAAGCAGUACGAUAUUCGUCAAAUGGCUUUGAAGCUCACGGCGAAUAGUAUGUAUGGCUGCUUGGGUUUCAAACAGUCGCGAUUCUACGCGAAGCCGCUGGCUGCUUUGAUUACAUGCAAGGGUAGAGAGAUUUUGACGCAUACCAAGGAUCUGGUAGAGAAAUUGGGUUAUUCCGUGGUGUACGGAGACACAGAUUCUAUCAUGAUCAACACCAAUAGCACUGAUCUGAAACAAGCAAAAAAGCUAGGGUUUGAGAUCAAACGUCAAGUCAACCAAUGUCAUCGUUUGCUCGAACUCGAACUCGACGGCGUUUUCAAGCGUAUGCUGCUACUAAAGAAGAAGAAAUAUGCCGCUCUCACCGUCAAUCCUGACAAUGAACUGGACACCAAGAAAGAACUGAAAGGGUUGGAUAUUGUGAGACGAGACUGGUCGCAGUUGGCUAAAGAGGCUGGAAACGCUGUUGUGGACCUAAUACUUGAUCCAAAGUUGUCGCGGGAUGAAUUGGUGCUUGAGAUACACGAGUCGCUGCAAAAACUAAGAGCGAGAUUGGAUAAAGGCCAACUGACUAGAAAUCCCAAAGACUACCAUGAGUUGAAAUCUCAGCCUCAUGCAGCUGUUGCCAUGCGACUGAAUGAGACUGGAAAGUUUUCGCUAAGACAAGGCGACAUUGUGGAAUACAUUAUCUGUGAGGAUGGCACUACAAAUUCGGCCAUGCAAAGAGCUUAUCAUCGAACGGAGAUAGAAGCUAGGCCAGAACUGAAGAUUGAUUGUUUUGAGUGUAAACCUCGUAUUUGGUCUCAACAGUUUUUUCGUUUAGAUCUUUACUAUUAUCUUGCACAACAAGUGCAUCCGGUUGUGUCGAGACUUUGUGCACCGAUAGAAGAGACCGAUGCUGUGAGGAUUGCCGAAGCAUUAGGCAUGGACUCGACGUCUUAUAGACGUUCAGCUGCUGCACAGGCGUCUGAUAAUGCGGCUGCGGAAGACGAAUUGGCAUGGCAAGAUACCACAAAUUAUGAUCGCUGUGAAGGCUUGAAGUUUACAUGUCCAUCAGUGGGCUGUGGAAAUGUACUGGAGAUAAGAAAAGCAGUGGAGGAGCAGGAUUCCAUGUUCAAAUUGUCGUUGGAGACGUGCGAUAAAUGCGGAACAGAUUUAUCCCGAUACCCUGCGUACAUAUACAACAAAGUUGAAGAUGCGCUGAGAAGUUUUGUUGCUAAGCAUCACAGCUCGUUCUUCAAGUAUGACUUAUUUUUAACUUUUCAAUUUGAAAGAGAAAGAUGUGAUGAUUCUGUGUGCGAAUUCCGUACAAGGACACAUUUGAUGAAAUGGUGCCGGGAAGGGCUUGAAUGUCCGAAAUGUGCUGGGGGUGUGCUGAGAAAAGAGUACUCUGGCAAAGAUCUUUUCGAUCAACAGAUGUUUUUCAAGCAAAUUCUUGAUGUAUCAGCUGCAAUGCAAGACAUGAAACCGGAGCAGAAACGUGAGUUCUUUUUUUCGAUUUUCCUUCCUGAGAAGGCAAUUUGCAAUUGUUUAGGAAGCAUACAAUCAAAACCUGGUUUCACAUCUACAAUGGCAUUGUAUAACAAACUAACAGCACUUGUUGGACGUUAUCUGGAAAAUAACGCUUAUGGCAAAGUUGAUCUCGCUUGUAUAUUUGCACCCAUGUUAAAAAUAGAGUCCUCUAUUAGUGUUAUUUUCUUUUGUGUGAUCAAGUAA